AUGAGUCGUCACGAAGGAGUCAGCUGCGAUUCAUGCCUAAAAGGAAACUUCAGAGGCCGCAGAUACAAAUGUCUAGUUUGCUACGAUUACGACCUUUGCGCUGUUUGCUACGAAACCGGAGCCACCAACACUCGGCACACCACCGAUCACUCCAUGCAAUGUAUUUUAACCAGAUCUGAUUACGACGUUUAUUAUGGAGGCGAAGCCAUCAGCACUCUGGAAAUGCCUCAGUCGUAUACUUGCCCUUAUUGCGCUCGCAUGGGAUUCACUGAUGUAACUUUGCAGGAGCACGUUACUGCUGAACAUCAGGACACUAACUUUGAAGUUGUGUGCCCUCUUUGCGCAGCAAUGCCCGGUGGAGAUCCAAAUCUAAUGACUGACGAUUUUGAUGGACACUUGAAGUUGGAACAUCGUUCAGGGCCUCGCGAUCUUAUUUCAUUUCUUGAUGAACCUGUAGCGAGUCGUCACAAUGUAAGACGUAUACCGCACACAUCUUCAUCACACCCUUCAGCUACUAGAGGAUCUACUACACUAAGACCGCGCCGAUCCAACAUGCACUUUAAUGUUUUUAGUUCUGGCGGUUUGUCAUCUUUAAGUCCAUCAGCUCGUGAAAAUGUGGAUCCAAUCGCAGAGCUGCUUUCUCAACUUUCUGGUGUGAGACGUUCUACUAGUAACACUUCCAGUAGCACUCCCACACAGCUUCAACAGCUUCAAAUGCAAUUACAGCUCGAACGACAACAAGUGAAUGCAGCUAGACAAAAUUUAGAACGUUUUCCAAGGCGUUCGGCCCAAAAUCAAACAAUUAGGGAACCACAUACUUCAAACUUUGGAACGUCUACGAUUUUGCUCAAUGCUUCUCCUGUUAUGGUUCAAUCUACUAACACUCCUCCAGCGCCUACACAGGGGUACAACUCUCAAUUCCUUUUAUCAGGUUUAUUAGAAGAAAUGUCUUUAAAUUCUACUCCGAGUGAAGAACGUCACGAACGUGCUAGUUUUGUACAAGAAUUGAUAUUAUCUACACUAUCAACUCCUGCUGAUGGAGGUGAAAGCUACGAGGAAAGGUUUAAAAAACUAAUUAAAUCGAGCCGAUCUGCUUUCGAUUUUGCUGAAGAAGGCGAAGUCAGACCACAACGUUUAAGUAACACUGUAUUGAGAGGACGGGCUAGACAGGACAACCACAACGCUAGAAGAAGGGCCGAAGCGAAUCGCAAGGAUAAGAAUAAUGACGAUUCUGAGCCCGAGAGAGACAGAUAG